UUUCUUAAAGAUGAUACAGCUUCCAUGCUUUCGGCUCCAUUGAAUGUACGUAAGACUGAAGAMGCCAGAAUUUGAUUAAAUGCUUGAAGUAUUUUAAAGUCGUGCUGUGAACUAACUCGUGGCAGAAAGCGGAGGAUACGAUAUAAAGCCAUAAACUACGCGCAUAAGAAGCUAUUCUUGCAAGAAGUACACUGAGAAGAAUUUGGACAUUUGCAACAUCUCUCUUGCCAAAUGUAUUGGGAGUCAUCUGCUUCACAUUCCAUCACACAGCAAUCACUGGCAMAAAUUGAAAAUCCUACCCGGUGACUUGAAAGUGCAUAAGACAGCUCGAUAAAGCUUUGCUCCUUCAUUUUCUGGUAAUUCUUCAUUCGUUUUCUGGAUUGUUUCAACUUUCAAUAAGCAACCAUGAACUUCCUACUSGAUUCCUUCUCAAAAGAUGCACUCGAAGCGCACAACAAAUACCGCGCUAUGCACCAGGUUCCCUCGGUCAAAUGGUCACGUAGUCUAGCCAGAGAAGCUGAAGCCUGGGCCCAAACCCUCGCUAAGGAGAGUCGCUUACGUAAUGGCGAUACAGACGAUGGUGAAAAUCUUUAUGGUGUAACAGGCAAGUCAGAUUUGAAAGGACACGAGGCCGUGGACAAGUGGUAUGAUGAGGUACGCAACUACAACUUCCAUCGGCCAGGGUUCCAGAGCGACGCAGGUCACUUCACACAAAUAGUCUGGAAAUCGACGAAAGAGAUUGGYGUGGGUAAAGCCAAGACCCCGGAUGGCAAGGUGUUCGUUGUUGCUCGUUACAGGCCGSCAGGAAACAUGGCGAACCGAUUUGAGCAAAAUGUUUUUUCGAAGGAACCCGAAUCGUCUUCCAAGUCCUMCUCCAGUCGUGUUUACACAACACGAAUCGAGAAACAAGAAGAUGAGCCCGUUCAUUCUGAACGCACUCAACGCACCAGAGACAGGUUCAACAAAGAUGAYGAUGAAUUCUUUAAAGACUUCAAAGACAUGGACAUUGGUCGAAAAAGUGGGAAAACUGAAACGGUGACACUCAACRAAGGCCCAGGAACAACAGUGGUCACCAAGAUUUACACAACAGAUGAUGGUACUGGGGUCCGUACUGUGCGUAAAGAGGUUCACACAUCCAGUCACAAUGGAUCUGACGAAGAUUUUGGCUCAAGAAGRCGAAACUUGGAUGAUCAUGAUUUCUUUGGUAAGAGGGAUCUCAACGCAAAYGUGAGAAGUAGAUGGAACGACGAAAGAGAUAAAAGUCCAUCAAGGGAAAGRGCCAGGCCACCAUCCAGUAAAACAGGCGGAGCCAGUCCCAGGUCUAGCUCAUCAUCAGACAAGUCCUUCAAAGACCAAUGCCUUUCCUCUCAUAACAAGUACCGUGCCAUGCACUCGGCCCCGGCUCUCAAAUGGGCAAACGAUUUGGCUAGAGAUGCUGAAAGGUACGCAGAAAAACUGGCCCGAUCUGGAACCCUGCGGCACUCCAGUAAAAGCGAGCGUGAAGACACAGGAGAGAAUCUGGCGAUGUUUUCGGGUGAUUAUGACAGUGCUGGUGAAAGAGCGUCCGAUAUGUGGUACGAAGAAGUCAAAGAUUACAACUUUUCACGUAAAGGAUAUCAGGGAGGGUCUGGUCAUUUCACACAGCUGGUCUGGAAGGGAAGUAAGGAGUUGGGAAUGGGCCGAGCUAAGACACCGGAUGGCCGUUGUACGUAUGUCGUAGCGAGAUACCGUCCUGCCGGGAAUAUUGUCAAUUACAUGGAUGAAAACGUGUCUCCAAAGCGACGAUGAACAACGUCAUUAUGUCACCAGAGCUAUACCAGAAACUAGGCAAUAGGAUGCUGUGAAGAGAACUUUUUUCRCAAUCCUUUAUUAUUUUCUGAAAUGUAUUUUGAUUUUAAUUUUUCAAUUUUUUCAAAUGGCUGUUUUUGAUAUUCAAUCUAUCCAUUUCAUAUUGGUUCUCUUCUGCAAUGGAAAAAUUGGAUCAUAGUUAGCAUAAUAAUUAAGCUCAAAGUCUAACUAUUACCGCGGGCAAUAUUUUUGGRAACAUACGCUGAAUGCAGUUCGACAAAAUUCUAAACUGACAACAAUUUAUAAUUUCGCAAUCAACAGUUUACACGAGCAUAUGCACCGUACAAAAUAGAUAUCAUUAAGACUAAUACUCCAUUCACACCUAAACGUGUUUAGUUAAUCUAUGUUUUAUUAGGAAAACAAUUGAGAAACUAGAAACCUACAAUAUAAUGAAACUUUCUAAAAUAUUAUCAGAGCAAGACAAAGGAUAGCUUACAUGCAUUAUUUCACCAAAUAUUGUGCAGUGUUCGUAGAUAGUUUUCCAAACCUGUUUAGUCAAACCACUUUUAAACAUGUUUAAGCCUUGGUGUGAAUGGUUAUAAACGUGCAAUAAAAGAUAAUCAUUUUGUCAUCAGGGAUUUGUA